CGCCGCGGCGGGGAGCGAGAUGUCGCCGCCGGAGCCUCCGGUCCUUCGGUCCGUCAACAGCCGCGAACUCUCCGAGGUCGUCUUCAACAACCGCAGCCCCCGCUUCGUCCUCCCCAUCUGGGUGGAUUUCGAAGGCAGGCCGCGCUAUUACCCCGUGCUGCGGCCCUGCACCGGGCGGAUCAUGCACAGCUACCGGGGCCACCUCUGGCUCUUCCGGGACGCAGGGACAAACGAUGGUCUCCUCGUCAACCAGCAGGAGCUGUUCGUAGCGGCUCCCAACGUGAAUAAGGCGGACAUCACGUUGCCAGUGUUCACCCUGAAGGAGAGGUGUCUCCAGGUUGUUCGCAGUCUGGUCAAACCAGUGGACUACAGGAAACUGGACAUUGUUCGAUCAUUAUAUGAAGACCUGGAAGAUCAUCCUGAUAUUAAGAAGGAUCUUCAUCGGCUUUCUCUGGAGAAAAGUGAAAUGUUGAAUGGAAUUCUGGAAUAACAUCAUUAUUCACUCCAGGCGCUAUUUAAAUAGCAAACCACUGAGUUUAAGCAGGGACAGUCACCACAAAACGUGCCAAGAACUACUGUCUGCGUUUUAAGUUCUGGAACGUAAACUCAGUUAAAUUGUGGGAGCCUUGCUGUGAUGGUAAGUCCGAUCCAAACGACUAACCAGCACGUAGGAGCACACGAGGGGAAUUCCUGAUGGUCCAGUUCUGCUCUUCAUUCGCACAUUGCAAAUGGAGGACUGCAGAGGCUUCGUGUGGGAGAAGCUCAGAGUUUUAUUUCAGCUGUCUCUGAACUCUGCAGAGGGACACAGAGCAGGUCAUCUCUUUGGAGAAUGCGUGGACAGAUCCACUUUCCUUGUAUUAGAAUGUAAAUUGCACUGAGGAUUAAUUGAAUCCAGACUCCAGUGAUUAUAAGCAGCAGACCAACACCUGUUUUGCUCAAAUAAUUUGUGUUUGACAGAGUUUCGCUCUCUCACACUUAGCCCAGAUUUGCUGUGAAUCACAAGGCGUGGGGCCAUUCCUGUCUGCAAGGGGUUUCCACCACCACCUCCUGAGAACCUGACCCAAAGCGUGAUGUUGAUGGAAAGAUGACAUGUGUAAACACUUGGGGUUUUUUCUGCCUCUCAGCUUUGCAUUUAUAAACCCGUGUCAUAUCCACUCUGAGGCUGACCCAUUUUUAUGCAGGUCAUACCUUGAAUGCCUUACUUGUCCUUUACCAUUGGAUUUUUACUGGUUGAUCUCAAGCAGAUCCAGCCUCGUCAGCCACAUAGUCUGGAUCGUGCUGUGGGGCUGCCGUUCUGCCCCACCACAGCCUCCCCAGCUGCCGGUGUAGGUUUAUGGGGUGACAUCCCUAGAGGGGGGGUUCUGAGCCCUGCCUUUCCCCAUCGCGGUGCCGCAGGUCAGGUUGUACAGGGGGCCUUCUUGGGGACCCCUCACCUUGUUGGUGUCUCCUGAGGAGCAGAGAGCAGGCUGUAUCAGCUCGUGUGGCCUGGGUCCAGCUCACAGAGAGAUCCAUGCUUUGUUACAGGCUGGAUAAGCAGAGAAAGCAUUUCUUUACCUGUGCUCUGUCCCCCCGUUCCUCAGCCAGGUGUGUGUGUGUGGGAUGUGCAGUGCAGUUCGGAGCAGUGUUGCUUGUGGCAGGUCCAUGAAUUGUUGGCCAAGGAGGAGGGGUUCCAUGUUGGUGCUGUUCAGGGUUGGGAACGGGUUGGUGGGAGGUUGUAGCACGUUACGUUUCUUUCCCCUGACACGUUCUAAGAGACACAGAUGGAAACUGAUGAGAACAUCCACAUACUCUGGAAGUGUGAAAUGUCUCCCCUUUUUGUAAACUGUUUUUUCUUACGUAUUUGAAGUGUAUAAAUUGAUCUUUGUCAUAAAAAUGUAAAUCCAUGCUUUUCUACUUGGAGUAAAUUCUUUUGAGUAACUUCCCAA